CCUUGACACACACAUUGUGCAUUUGUACCAUAUAACAUACGGAGACACAGACCCAGAAAUGGCUUCUCAUCUCUCCCUCUCCCUCCUCCUCCUCCUCAUCUUCUCCAGACUCUCAGGUGCUUAUCGUGUGUCUGUGAAGACAGGAGGCUCCACCACCAUCCCAUGUCGGUAUGAUCUGAAAUACAAAACACAUGUGAAAUACUUGUGUAAAUUAGAUUUUUUGAAAAGAUGCUCCCCUGAUGUACAUACUGAGAGCAUACAUAAGGCCUCAGUCUAUGAUGACAUCAAGAAGCAAACCUUCACUGUGACCAUGACUGAUCUGGAGCCAGUGGACUCUGGACUUUACUGGUGUGCUGUGGAGAUCAUUGGUGGAUCAAAUGUCAUGAUAGAAAGAUUCCAACUAUUUGUCACUGCUGGUACUCCAAAACUCUAUGUGGACCAAUGGGAGGUGACUGGAGUUGAAGGAGGGAGUGUCAUUGUAAAAUGUUACUAUAGUGACACUGGAAAUAGGAAGUGGUGGUGCAGGAUUGGUGUCAAUUUUUCCUGUGAGAGGAAUUCUACGACUAUAGAGACCAGACAGCAGACCACUGAUGCCACCAGAGGAAACGUCUUAACGGUGACUAUGAGUGGUUUGAAGAUGGAGAACACUGGCUGGUACAGGUGUGGAGGGGGAGACUUUAUGAUGCCUGUUCAAAUCACUGUCAGACAACAAACCACCACACAAAGUACCUCUACUAUGACCACAACCCAAGCUCCAACCACUGAACAAUCCUCUUUCUCUCCAACUGCUGAGCCUGUUCAGACUGACAACACAGUCCAAGGACCUGAGGGAGGCAAGGAGAAGGACACCAUGGGUUCCAUACAUCUAAAAGUCCUACUGAUUCCUCUGGGCAUGUUGGUGGUGGUGAUGGCUGGUGUCCUAGUCACAUGGAAGAUGUGGAGAAAGCAUAAGGACAAUAAGGCCAUGGACCAGACAACAAACACCUCAGUGCAGGACCCAUUUCCUGACCAUGGUGAUGAUGUGACGUACAGCACUGUUGUCACCAAGAGGAGGAACCAGCUAAAUGUACAGACCAAGGUAGAACCUGAUGAUAAUGUGGUCUACAGCUCACUAGCCCUACAGCUGGACCCAUUUCCUGCCAAAGGUGAUGAUGAUGUGAAGUACAGCAGUGUUGUCCCCAAGAGGAGGAACCAGCUAAAUGUACAGACCAAGGCAGAACCAGAUGAUAAUGUGGUCUACAGCUCACUAGCCCUACACCACACAGCAGAGGGCAGCAACACAGCAGUGACUGACUAGUGAAGAUCUUGGUCCCAAAGAGUCCUUAUCCUGGAAGGACAUCCCACUCCCCCUCCUGUGUCACAACAUGAGUCAUGACUAUCUAUCUGCCUCCAACAUGCUUCUUCCCACACCUCCUAACCCACCUGUCUCCUUGUUGUGUCCAUUAACUACUGAAGACA